AGGGGGGCUCCUCGUCCUGCCCCUCCCUCCUGUCCUCCCUCCCGUCUUCCCCGCUCCGGGCCCCACCCGGCUCAGACGGCUCCGGACGGGACCGUGAGCACAGGCCGCUCCGCGGGCGCCUCGGAUCCCUGCGGGACCCCACCCCCGCCCAGCCUGCCCAGCCCGCUGCAGCCGCCAGCGCGCCCCGUCGGCAGCUCUCCAUCUGCACGUCUCUCUGUGAACCCAGUGGGCAGUGUGCAGCCACCAUGUUCAGCUGGCUGAAGCGGGGCGGGGCACGGGGCCAGCAGCCUGAGGCCAUCCGUACAGUGACCUCGGCCCUCAAGGAGCUGUACCGCACGAAGCUGCUGCCGCUGGAGGAGCACUACCGCUUUGGGGCCUUCCACUCGCCGGCCCUGGAGGACGCAGACUUCGACGGCAAGCCCAUGGUGCUGGUGGCUGGCCAGUACAGCACCGGCAAGACCAGCUUCAUCCAGUACCUGCUGGAGCAGGAGGUGCCUGGCUCCCGCGUGGGGCCUGAGCCCACUACCGACUGCUUUGUGGCCGUCAUGCAUGGGGACACUGAGGGCACCGUGCCCGGCAACGCCCUCGUCGUGGACCCGGACAAGCCCUUCCGCAAACUCAACCCCUUCGGAAACACCUUCCUCAACAGGUUCAUGUGUGCCCAGCUCCCCAAUCAGGUCCUGGAGAGCAUCAGCAUCAUCGACACCCCGGGUAUCCUGUCGGGUGCCAAACAGAGAGUGAGCCGCGGCUACGACUUCCCUGCCGUGCUGCGCUGGUUCGCGGAGCGCGUGGACCUCAUCAUCCUGCUCUUCGACGCGCACAAGCUGGAGAUCUCGGACGAGUUCUCGGAGGCCAUCGGCGCGCUGCGAGGCCAUGAGGACAAGAUCCGCGUGGUGCUCAACAAGGCCGACAUGGUGGAGACGCAGCAGCUGAUGCGCGUCUACGGCGCGCUCAUGUGGGCGCUGGGCAAGGUGGUGGGCACGCCCGAGGUGCUGCGUGUCUACAUCGGCUCCUUCUGGUCCCAGCCUCUCCUCGUGCCCGACAAUCGGCGCCUCUUCGAGCUGGAGGAGCAGGACCUCUUCCGCGACAUCCAGGGCCUGCCCCGGCACGCCGCCUUGCGCAAGCUCAACGACCUGGUGAAGAGGGCCCGGCUGGUGCGGGUUCAUGCUUACAUCAUCAGCUACCUGAAGAAGGAGAUGCCCUCUGUGUUUGGGAAGGAGAACAAGAAGAAGCAGCUGAUCCUCAAACUGCCCGUCAUCUUUGCGAAGAUUCAGCUGGAACAUCACAUUUCCCCUGGUGACUUUCCUGACUGCCAGAAAAUGCAGGAGCUGCUGAUGGCGCACGACUUCACCAAGUUUCACUCGCUGAAGCCGAAGCUGCUGGAGGCGCUGGAUGAGAUGCUGACGCACGACAUCGCCAAGCUCAUGCCCCUGCUGCGGCAGGAGGAGCUGGAGAAUACCGAGGUGGGCGUGCAGGGGGGCGCUUUUGAGGGCACCCACAUGGGCCCGUUCGUGGAGCGGGGACCUGACGAGGCCAUGGAGGACGGCGAGGAGGGCUCGGACGACGAGGCCGAGUGGGUGGUGACCAAGGACAAGUCCAAAUACGACGAGAUCUUCUACAACCUGGCGCCUGCCGACGGCAAGCUGAGCGGCUCCAAGGCCAAGACCUGGAUGGUGGGGACCAAACUCCCCAACUCAGUUCUGGGGCGCAUCUGGAAGCUGAGCGACGUGGACCGCGAUGGCAUGCUGGAUGACGAGGAGUUCGCGCUGGCCAGUCACCUCAUCGAGGCCAAGCUGGAGGGCCAUGGGCUACCCGCCAACCUGCCCCGUCGCCUGGUGCCACCCUCCAAGCGGCGCCACAAGGGCUCCGCCGAGUGAGCCGGCACCCCUCCCAUGGCCCUGCUGUGGCUCCCCAGCUCCAGUCGGCUGCACGCACACCCCUGCCCCAGCUCACACAUGCCCUGCCUGCCCUCCCUGCCCAGCUGUAAGGACCGGGGGUCUCCCUCCCCACCACCGCCAGACACCCCGGUGGAAGGAUUUAGAGGGGACCACGGGAGGGACAAGGCUUCUCUGUCCGCCCUUCACACCUCCAGCCUCACGUUCACUUAGGCACAUCACACAGACACUGGCACGCGCAGGCAUCCAUCCAUCCUUCAUUCAAAUAUUUAUUGAGCACCUACUAUGUGCCCAGCCUUGUUCUAGGCACCGGGCAUUACCACAGAGAACAAAAUAGACAAAUACAUCUGCCCUCAUGGAAGGUGACAUUCCCAGGAGAGGGUACUUACACA